AUGAAACUUUUCGGGUACGUUUUUACUGCUUGUAUGCUUGCUUUUGCAUCAGCUGCUAGAACAGUUACACAAGUUGUUGCUGAAACUACUGUAGAGGAUGUGACAACUACUAGCACAACCACUUUCUGUCCUGAAAGUGACUCGUCAUCGAUAUUGGAUACUUCUAUUUCACUUGGCUCGUCAUCAGGUAAGAAAACAAGUACGCAGGUUCUCUUUGAAACUACAGUGACAGAUAUGACAACUACUAGCACAACCACAUUCUGUCCUGAGAGUGACUCAUCAACAUCAUUGGAGACUACGAAAAGCACAUUCUCAAGUUCAUCUGUGCUUGUCACCCCAUCCAGCUCAUCUGUGCCUGUAACCCCAUCCAGUUCAUCUGUGCCUGUAACCCCAUCCAGUUCAUCUGUGCCUGUAACCCCAUCCAGCUCAUCUGUGAUUGUCACUCCAUCCAGUUCAUUUGUGCCUGUAACCCCAUCCAGUUCAUCUGUACUUGUCACCCCAUCCAGUUCAUCUGUGCCUGUAACCCCAUCCAGUUCAUCUGUACUUGUCACCCCAUCCAGUUCAUCUGUGCCUGUAACCCCAUCCAGUUCAUCUGUACUUGUCACCCCAUCCAGCUCAUCAAGCAUCGAAAGUAUCUACUCAUAUAGUGUUGGCGGUGGGAAUCCCACUUCUACAACUUCAAUUCUUCCAACAUCUAUUACUCCUAGCUUUGCAUCAACGGAAAGUUCCUUUCAAAUUUCCUCAACAAUAACAUCAUCCAUUUCAUCGGUUGAUAGUAGCGAAUUAACUUCUUCAUACACUUCUUCAGAUUCCACAAGCGAACCAUUGUCUAUUGUUACCGAGAUUCGAUCCACUUUGCUUACCCUCACUACUUGUUUUUUGGAGACAUGUUCAGAAUUCACACAAAUCACUGGAGUUACAACCGUUACCGAUGAAUAUACUAUCUACACUACAUAUUGCCCGUUAUCUACACCAAAAGCAUCAUCGUCUGUAAUCACAACUGUACCUACAACUGAUACCAACGUCACUCCUGCUGCUUCUACUACUACCACUGUUGCUGCCGUCUCAACCUAUCCUUCAUCCGUCGUUUUGGAUACUUCAACAUCGGGUACUAGCACUAGUCACGCUACGCCCGAUGCUCCCGAGUCUUCAAGUACUGAUACAACUGCCCUUCUUCCUGAAACUUGUUCAGAUGAUCUAUCCUGCAAAUCAAGUUUGACUACAGGACUUGCGACUUCCACUCACAAUUCAGGCAUUUACACCACCACAACAGAAAACGCUAGUACUAUUAGUAGUUAUGUGUCUAAAACUUCUGUUACUUUGGAUAAAUCAUCCACCAGAAUUGAAAGUACACAAGCUUCUUUACAAAUUACUUCAGCUGAAACUACACUGGAAGGAACCAGCUCGAUUGUAACUACAUCUGAAGAGACUAGCCCUGCUGCAAAUACACUGGAAGGAACCAGCUCGGUUGUAACUACACCUGAAGAGACUAGCCCUGCUGCAAAUACUUCUUCUGCAACUACACUGGAAGGAACCAGCUCGAUUGUAACUACAUCUGAAGAGACUAGCCCUGCUGCAAAUACACUGGAAGGAACCAGCUCGGUUGUAACUACACCUGAAGAGACUAGCCCUGCUGCAAAUAGUCCUUCUGCAACUACACUGGAAGGAACCAGCUCGGUUGUAACUACACCUGAAGAGACUAGCCCUGCUGCAAAUACUUCUUCUGCAACUACACUGGAAGGAACCAGCUCGGUUGUAACUACAUCUGAAGAGACUAGCCCUGCUGCAAAUACUUCUUCUGCAACUACAUUAGAGGAGAAAAGCACCGCUCCUGAAACCUCAUUAUCACAAGAUGACAGCACUACUACUAGCUCCAUAGUUAAGAGUAUUACAGUAACGAUAUCUACUUCAGAGGUUUCUACUUCUCCAGCAAUUGAAACAAACUUUGUAUCAGCAUCAGCAGUACCCGAAAUGAAUAGCGAUACAACAACAAAGGAGAAUACUUCAAUCUCGUCUCCAAUACAAACAACUGUCGCUACCCAAAUUACUUCAGGUUAUACGGUCGCUACUCAAGGUCAAACAACAAGUUCAGAGACCCAAGAAUCAUUUUCUUCAAUUUCUGAAUACAAAGGUUCUGCUUAUAGACACCUACCAAAGAAGGCAAUAGCAUUGAUGCUACUAGCAUCUUUCAUUUAA